AAUCACGUAUACUUUCGCUGCGUGAGAGACGACGCCUCCAUCUCCCACAGACGCCAUCCAGCGAUCGACUCCAUCGCCGCUGCCAAAUUUUCAGUUCAUCUCUUCUCGCUGGCAUUUGUAAUAGAAGAAACGCAUAUCUCCGGCCGGACGAUCUCAAGAGGAAGCUCCUGACAGCAUCUCAGAUCUCUCAAACCCUAGGCUACAAACUCUCAUAAAAUUAAGCAUCAGUGUGUUUGGUGUCUCAGCAGAGUCGAUGCAGUGCUCUUAUGAUAACAGAGGGAAUAGUGUCCCAACCAUUCUCUUGUUGAUGCAAGAGCGCUUGUACUCGCAAGGUGGUCUCAAGGCAGAAGGCAUUUUCAGAAUAAACCCAGAGAAUAGCCGGGAGGAGCAUGUAAGGGACCAACUAAAUAGAGGCAUUGUGGCGGUGGACAUUGAUGUACAUUGUUUAGCUGGUCUUAUCAAAGCCUGGUUUCGUGAGCUCCCAUCUGGUGUGCUAGAUGGAUUGUCACCCGAGCAAGUUCUGCAGUGUAACACAGAGGAGCAGUUUGUGGAGCUAGUGAAGAAACAAUUGAAGCCAACAGAGACUGCAUUGCUCAAUUGGGCAAUUGAUCUAAUGGCUGACAUAGUUGAACACGAGGAGUCUAAUAAAAUGAACUCCCGGAAUAUUGCAAUGGUUUUUGCUCCAAACAUGACUCAGAUGUCUGAUCCCCUCACUGCUCUAAUGCACGCAGUCCAAGUGAUGAAUCUGCUCAAGACCCUAAUAACAAAGACAUUGAGAGAGCGUGGUGGGGAGUCCUCCUCAGCUGGAGGAUACUCACCCAUGUCGUCUCAUUCGUCUGAUGAUGGUGAUGAAUAUGACACUCAAGAAGAAGAAGAAGAAGAAGAAGAAGAAGAAGAAGAACGAGAGCUGCUGUUGGAUACAGGCUGCGAGUCAGAAGAAGAAGAUGAAGAGCAUGGAGACUAUAACAGUACUGAAGACCGAUGCGAAGUCGAGUCAUGGAGCAAGAUAGAAGAACAUUGCUUCUUGAGGCAGCAGCAACUUGUUCAAGGAAUAUUGUGCAGAGAUCCUCCUCCCUUGAUGUGCAAUUCGCCAGUUUCAUUUUCUGACAGUAAAGUGGACAGUUCUGGUUUAAGCACAAGUGAAGACGGAGACGAGUCUAGAGCAAGUAGUUAAGUCAUUUAGUUGAUUAUUUUUUCUCCCUUGCGUGACUCACAAACUAUACUGUUUCUCGUGGACUAGCCACGGACAUCAUUGUAAAUUGGGUAAUGAUACCUACCCUCAUCUGCUUGCUUGUGUGACUGCCCAUUCUGAUCCUGCCUGCGAAUGGAGGAGGUUCAGUUUAAUUUGGGGCUGAACUUUGGAUGCUUAAUCUUCAUCUGCUUUUCAGUAACCAAGGAUAUCAAUGUUCAAAAAUGGACAAGGAUUUUAUUGGCUAGUGGACUGGUCU